UACUAUUUUUGACCCUACACGUUCUUGGUGGAGCGCGCAUUACACACUGCGUCAGAAUCGAAUCUCACGCGUCUUUUCCUUACCUUUUAGUUCUUCGAGCCCACAAGAAUCGCAUAUCUGAUUUCAUCUAAUUCGUGGGUCCAUCCUCAGAGAUGUGGUCGGCGGUGGGUGUUUUGAGGCGUACGGCGGUUUCCGCCGUGAGUAAAGGUUCUCCGAUAAGGCCACGGCUCGGCAGUGGUUGCAGAUGUCUCACCGUCGAAACAACAGAGAAGGAGAAGGAAAAGGAAAAAGAAAAGGAAAAGGAAAAGGCUGAGGAGAUAACUAUAACGGAAGCGAAGAAGCUAAUGAGGUUAGUGAAUGUUGAUGAGAUGAAGAAGAAGCUCGGUUGUAUGGGGAAUGAAGAAACUGUCUCUUACACUAAACUCAUUGAAGCAUCUCAAGGUUUAGGUGUCGCUAGAUCUCUCGACGAAGCUCACGCUUUCGCUCGUUUACUCGAUGAUGCUGGUGUGAUUUUGAUUUUCCGUGAUAAAGUCUAUCUUCAUCCAGAUAAGGUAGUCGAGUUGAUUAGAAAGGCAGUGCCUUUAGGUUUAAAUCUAGAGGAUGAUCCAGCUAAAGUCGAGUUCGAAAAGCUAAGGAGUAUGAAGGAAGAGAUUGAUGUUUUAGCUCAUAAGCAAGUGAGGAAGAUUCUGUGGUGUGGUCUUGGUUACUCAGUGGUUCAGAUCGGACUGUUCUUCAGGCUAACUUUCUGGGAAUUUUCAUGGGAUGUGAUGGAACCGAUUACGUUUUUCACUACAGCAACUGGGAUUAUUGUUGGUUAUGCUUAUUUCUUGAUGACUUCGAGGGACCCAACCUAUCAAGAUUUCAUGAAGAGGUUGUUUCUUUCUAGGCAGAGGAAGUUGCUCAAGAGUCGUAAGUUUGAUGUUGAGAGGUUUAAGGAACUUGAGAAGAAGUGGAAGAUGACGUCUUCUUCUUCAUCUUCGUUUCUUUCUUGCCACGCGAACGCAUCGAUUCGGAAAUGUGUUGGGGUUGAUCUUGAUUUAGAGGAUUCUUUGCAUAGUCGCACGGAUUGAUUCUUUCGGUUUCUGGUUUUUUAACCAAUAUUCACUUUUGGUUUUAUAUACUUGAACCAGUGUCACUGGAGGUUCUUCUUCAUGUUUGAUUCUUUGGUGUUUACAAAAAAGAAUCCAAAGGAUGUUUAGUUUUGCAAGUAGUCAAUGGAGAUUUAUUUGAUAAUCUUCAGCUACUGUUAUCUAAAAUCACUGAUAAAUGGAACCCUUUACUUUAUGGUUUUAUGUUUUUACCGGACUAUAAUAAAUUGAACGAACCUUUGAUUAUGGGAAAAUCACAUAAA